AUCGUUGCGUAGUCUGCUAGCCGAACUGACGCAAAUCCACACAUUGCCUUUGAGUUUGACACGUCACAUGUAAAAGCCCCAUACCGAACAGGUUAGUAAUACCUGUGUGCGUUUCAGUAUCCGCAUAGGUUCUCGGUUAUCAGUCCUAACCAAGUUUGCUCCCAUCGACUCUCAACAUCUCCACGUUCUGUUACCAAGCCUACCAAUUUCAUUUGCUCAUUCACUUCCAAAAUGGCCAAAUUUCAGACAAUUUUUGUAACUGGAGGAGCUGGAUACAUCGGCAGCCACUGUGUGGUUGAGCUGUUGGAAGCUGGUUACAAGGUUAUUGCCUGCGAUAACUUUGCCAACUCUGUUAAUGGAGAAAAAGGCACAGCUCCUAGCCUGGAACGAGUCGAAGAAAUAACUGGGAAGAAAGUUACCUUCUAUCAGUGCGAUCUCUUAGAUUAUGAGAGACUAAACAAAAUUUUCAGCCAACAUAAAAUUGAUUGUGUCAUUCAUUUUGCUGCCAUGAAAGCUGUUGGGGAAUCGAUGGAAGUUCCACUCCUGUACUACAAAAACAAUGUAGUUGGAACAAUCAACUUGUUAGAGGUUAUGAAAGCCCACGAAUGCUAUCAGCUAGUGUUUUCCAGCUCUUGUUGCGUCUACGGUAACCCUGAGCGCCUUCCCAUCACAGAAGAUAGCCCUAUUGGAAAUGUGACAAACGUCUACGGCCGAACCAAGUACCUAAUCGAAGAGAUGUUGAUGGAUCUCAGUCGUUCAGAUGAGCGCUGGAAUAUUUGCUCUCUCCGAUAUUUCAAUCCUGUUGGUGCUCAUCCCUCUGGCCGUAUCGGCGAGGAUCCCACCAAGCCCUAUUCCAAUUUGAUGCCUUAUAUCGCUCAAGUAGCUCUUGGAAAUAAACCUUCUUUGACUAUUUUUGGUGACGACUACAACACUCCUGACGGAACUGGCGUUCGAGACUACAUUCACGUAAUGGAUUUGGCCUCUGGCCACGUUGCAGCAUUAGCCAAGGUUGAAAAGGACAAACUUCGCUAUCGGACGUUCAAUUUGGGCUCUGGCGUGGGAGUGUCAGUCAUCCAGCUCGUGCAGACUUUCGGUAAGGUGACGGGAAUGACUGUGGCCUAUGAACUCAAACCCAGACGAGAAGGAGACAUCAGCGCCAUGUACUCGAACGGAGAGCGCGCCAAAACAGAGCUCGGAUGGACUCCUCGUUUCACUCUCGAACAUAUGUGUGAAGAUUUCUGGCGUUGGCAAACGAUGAACCCUCUCGGUUAUCGCAGUGAGUGCGGUGCAGCUAAAGAUUCGGCUGCCGUUACUAACGGAACCUCCGUCACAAAUGGCAAUCACUAAGCAGAAGUAUUCGAUACAAUAGUACUAAUGUUACAACUUUCAAAUCUUCCUUGUAAAACGGUACAAUUCCAUGGUUGAAUAGUUUCCCGGGAUCUGUAUUUGAAUGGGUUAAAUUAAGCACAAUGGUGGCGUUUGUUAUAGGUCCCUCUUUUCCUGUUUGUAGAUCGUCCAUCUUAAUAGAGGACUAUUCGGUUGCACCCUCUUUUUCAAGACAGCUUGUAUAUUAUUUAUCAAUUCAAGGCUGUCUUCAUUUUCCACAUUUUUUUAAUGAAAACUUUUUAUUGUUUAAGUAUUUGUUAAAAGCCUUCAAUCUAUAACAAA